GUGACUCGGUUCCGGCUUGCCCAAGAUGGCGGCGCCCAGAGAGACAGCGUGAAAGUUGGUGGCGGCAGAGGCGGUCCGGUCGUGCUGGAAUUGAGAGAGGGACCGUGCAUCAUGUCGCGACUGAUCGUGAAGAACCUCCCGAAUGGGAUGAAGGAGGAGCGAUUCCGGCAGCUGUUCUCUGCCUUCGGCACGCUGACCGACUGCAGCCUCAAGUUCACCAAGGAGGGCAAGUUCCGCAAGUUCGGCUUCAUCGGCUUCAGGUCCGAGGAGGAGGCCCAGAAGGCCCUGAGCCACUUCCACAGGAGCUUCGUUGACACGUCCCGGAUCACGGUGGAAUUCUGCAAGUCCUUCGGGGACCCGACAAAGCCCCGAGCCUGGAGCAAACACGCCCAGAAACCACAGCAAGCCAAGCCGCCUGCCCAGGCUCCGGCUCCCCCUGAAACUAAGAGAGACAAGAAGAAGGUCCCGAGUGAGCUGGGGAAGCUGAGGGAAGAUACUGAGUUCCAGGAGUUCCUGUCAGUUCACCAGAGGCGGGCGCAGGCAGCCACGUGGGCCAACGAUGCCCUGGACGUCGAGCCCCUGAAAGGGCGGCAGAGCAAGGCGGCCGAUGACUACUUGAACUUCGACUCCGAUUCAGGGCAGGAGAGUGAGGAGGAAGAGGAAGAGAGAGCCAGGGCGGACCUGGAAGAGGAGGAAGGGCUGCAAGCCAAGACGGCUGUGUGCCAGGAGCUGUCGGACAUGGACUACCUAAGGUCCAAAGUGGUGCAGGCCGAGGCCUCCUCUUCCGAGGAAGAGGAGAGCGAAGACGAAGCAGUCAGCUGUGACGCCGAGAGUGAGGCUGAGGGAGAGGACUCCGCAGCCGCUCCUGCCCCCGAGGAGAGAGAGAGCGGGGUCUCUGGCCAGGAGCAAGGAGCCCAGCCUGGACGUUGGAGAGCGCCGGAGGCCAGAGCCCAGACAGAGAAGCCGGCAAACCUGAAGGAACCCACCACGCCCUACACUGUGAAGCUGCGGGGGGCCCCGUUCAAUGUCACUGAGAAAAAUGUUGUGGAAUUCCUGGCCCCGCUGAAACCUGUGGCCAUCCGCAUCGUUAGAAACGCCCACGGAAACAAGACAGGGUACGUCUUCGUGGAUUUCAGCAGCGAAGAGGAAGUGAAGAAAGCUCUGAAAUGCAACAGGGAGUACAUGGGCGGCCGCUACAUCGAGGUAUUCAGAGAAAAGAAUGUCCCCGUGGCCAAGGGGCCCCCGAAGAGCAGCGCCCAGCCCUGGCAGGGCCGCACGCUGGGGGUAAACGAGGAGGAGGAAGACCUGGCCGACUCCGGGAGGCUGUUUGUGCGAAACCUACCCUACACCAGCACCGAGGAGGACCUGGAAAAGCUCUUCUCCAAAUACGGGCCCCUGUCUGAGCUGCACUACCCCAUCGACAGCCUGACCAAGAAACCCAAGGGCUUCGCCUUCGUCACCUUCAUGAUGCCUGAGCACGCGGUGAAGGCCUACGCAGGAGUGGACGGGCAGGUGUUCCAGGGCAGGAUGCUGCACGUGCUACCAUCCACCAUCAAGAAGGAGGCCAGCGAGGCCAGCGAGGCCCCGGGCUCGUCGUCGUACAAGAAGAAGAAGGAGGCCAAGGACAAAGCCAACAGCUCCAGCUCGCACAACUGGAACACGCUGUUCAUGGGGCCAAACGCCGUGGCCGAUGCCAUAGCGCAGAAGUACAACGCCACCAAGAGCCAAGUGUUCGACCACGAGACCAAAGGCAGCGUGGCCGUGCGUGUGGCCCUCGGGGAGACCCAGCUGGUCCAGGAAGUGCGGCGCUUCCUGCUGGACCACGGUGUCUGCCUGGACGCUUUCAGCCAGGCCGCAGGCGAGCGGAGCAAGACUGUGAUCCUGGCCAAGAACCUCCCGGCGGGCACCCUGGCGGCUGAGCUGCAGGAGCUCUUCGGUCGCUUCGGCAGCCUGGGCCGCGUGCUGCUGCCUGAAGGCGGUGUUACCGCCAUCGUGGAGUUCCUGGAACCCCUGGAAGCCCGCAAGGCCUUCAGGCAUCUGGCAUAUUCCAAGUUUCACCACGUGCCCCUGUACCUGGAGUGGGCUCCGGUUGGCGUCUUUUCCGGUGUAGCUUCGCCAAAGAAAAGGUCCCAUGAUGCACCAGUGGAACCUGCGGCAAAGGACACAGCAGAGCCAGGAGCCGCGCCAGACAGCGAGAGCCCAGAAAGUGGAGAGCCAACAGAGGGAAGAGCAGGUGGCCCAACAGCCCAGAUGGAGGAAGAAGAGGAGGAGGAGGAGGAGGAGGAGGAGAGCCUUCCAGGGUGCACCCUGUUUAUUAAGAAUCUCAACUUCAGCACAACAGAAGAGACGCUGAAGGAGGUGUUUUCCAAGGUGGGAACAGUGAAGAGCUGUUCCGUUUCCAAGAAGAAGAACAAAGCAGGAGCACUGCUUUCCAUGGGCUUUGGAUUUGUAGAAUACAAGAAGCCAGAGCAGGCUGACAAAGCCCUCAAGCAGCUUCAGGGUCAUGUCGUGGAUGGGCACAAGCUGGAGGUGCGGAUCUCGGAACGGGCCACUAAGCCAGCCCUGACCUCCACCCGCAAGAAGCAGGUUUCCAAAAAGCAGACGACUUCCAAGAUCCUGGUGCGGAACAUCCCCUUCCAGGCCGACCUCCGUGAGAUCCGGGAGCUCUUCAGCACCUUUGGGGAGCUGAAGACCGUCCGCUUGCCCAAGAAGAUGACGGGGACAGGUACGCACCGAGGCUUCGGCUUCGUGGAUUUCCUCACCAAGCAGGAUGCCAAGAGAGCCUUCAACGCCCUGUGUCACAGCACUCACCUGUACGGCCGCCGGCUGGUGCUCGAGUGGGCCGACUCAGAGGUGACCCUGCAGGCCAUGCGGCGGAAGACGGCAGAGCACUACCACGAGCCCCCGAAGAAGAAGCGGUCUGUGGUGUUGGACGAGAUCCUGGAGCAUCUGGAAGACAGCGGCAGCGACGGCGAGGAGCGAGCCCUUCAGCUGUGAGCUGGCACCACCCAGGGUAUGUGGCGCCGGGGCCCUGGAGACCAAGACAGCCACUGUCACUCCUGUGCUCCCUGCCUUGUGGGCGGCAGGGAGGGGCACGAGGCCCAACCCUUCACGGACCAAGGUCAGAAAGGACAGAGGCCUGGGUCACACACUGCCCGCCGGGACAUCUGGGCGUGUGCGCUCCUGCUGCACCUGCCACCGUCACUGCCGCCAGCAUCGUGGCCGUGCUCGGCACACGCAGAGCACGCACCUGCACCGUGUGGGCGCAGAGGCUGCAGUCCCUCCCAGCAGGUCCUCCCGGCUGACCCGAGAGUUGCACGGGGAGCCCCUGAUGGAGAGGCUGCGGAGAAAGUUGGGGACCUGUGCACCCUGCAGCUUCCCACUUGUC